UAAAUUAGUUUAUGAGGCAGAGGAUUGUUAGGAAACCUUUCCAGAGGAGGUGAUCUCUGAGUAAGGUUUUAAGGAAUGACUAGAAUUUGCAAGACAGACAAGGAAUGGAAGAGGGUUGGCAAGAGGGAGUAGUGUGUCUGUAGGCACUGAGAUAGUGCUACAGGGUGAAUGUUCGUUCGUAUCCUCCCACAAUUCAUAUGUUGAAGCCCUAACCCCCAAUGUGAUUGUAUUAAGAGGUGGGGUGUUGGAGAGGUAAUUAGGUUUGGAGAAAGCCAUGAGGGUGGAGCCCCAUGAUGAGAUUAGUGUCCUUUUAGGAAGAGGAAGAGACACCAGAGCUUUCUGUCUCUGCCUGUCAUGUGAGGACAUCACAAGAAGCCAGCUGCCUACAAGCCAGGAAGAGAACCCUCACCAGAACCUAGCCACACCAGCACCCUGCUCUCAGACUUCCGGCCUCCAGAACUAGUUUUAUAAAUGGACGCUGACAUGGACUACGAAAGACCCAACGUUGAAACCAUCAAGUGUGUGGUCGUGGGUGACAAUGCCGUGGGAAAGACGCGCUUGAUCUGUGCCAGGGCGUGCAAUACCACGCUCACGCAGUAUCAGCUGCUGGCCACCCACGUGCCAACCGUGUGGGCGAUUGACCAGUACCGCGUGUGCCAGGAGGUCUUGGAGCGUUCUCGGGAUGUUGUUGAUGAAGUGAGUGUUUCCCUCAGGCUUUGGGAUACUUUUGGUGAUCAUCACAAAGACAGACGCUUUGCAUAUGGCAGGUCCGAUGUUGUGGUCCUCUGUUUUUCAAUCGCUAAUCCCAAUUCCCUAAAUCAUGUGAAAAGCAUGUGGUAUCCAGAAAUCAAGCACUUUUGCCCUCGAACACCUGUUGUCCUUGUUGGGUGCCAGCUCGAUCUCCGCUACGCCGACCUGGAAGCUGUUAAUCGAGCCAGGCGCCCAUUAGCAAGGCCCAUAAAGAGAGGGGAUAUUUUGCCCCCAGAAAAAGGCCGAGAGGUAGCGAAGGAACUUGGCAUACCAUACUAUGAAACAAGCGUGUUUGACCAGUUUGGGAUCAAGGAUGUGUUUGACAAUGCAAUCCGAGCAGCGCUGAUUUCCCGCAGGCACCUGCAAUUCUGGAAAUCCCACUUAAAGAAAGUCCAGAAACCUUUACUUCAGGCACCCUUCCUACCUCCAAAAGCCCCUCCACCGGUCAUCAAAAUUCCAGAAUGUCCUUCCAUGGGGACAAGUGAAGCUGCCUGUUUACUGGACAAUCCUCUGUGUGCCGAUGUUCUGUUCAUCCUUCAGGACCAGGAACACAUCUUUGCACAUCGAAUUUACCUUGCUACCUCUUCUUCCAAAUUUUAUGAUCUGUUUUUAAUGGAAUGUGAAGAAUCCCCAAAUUGGAGUGAAGGAGCUUGUGAGAAAGAGAAGCAGAGCAGAGAUUUCCAGGAGCAGAUAUUGAGUGUCGACUCAGAGGAGGAAAGGGAGGAGGGCCCGCCUAGGACACCUCAGGCCGAGCAGUGGAAGUCCUCAAACAAGAGCCUAGUGGAGGCUCUGGGGCUGGAAGCCGAGGGUGCAGUCCCUGAGACACAGACGUUGGCCGACUGGAGUAAGGGGUUCAUUGGCAUGCACAGGGAAAUGCAAGUCAACCCCAUUUCAAAGCGGGUGGGCCCUGUGACUGUAGUCAGGAUGGACGCCUCAGUCCAGCCAGGCCCUUUUCGGACCCUGCUCCAGUUUCUUUAUACAGGACAACUGGAUGAAAAGGAAAAGGAUUUGGUGGGCCUGGCUCAGAUCGCAGAGGUCCUAGAGAUGUUCGAUUUGAGGAUGAUGGUGGAAAACAUCAUGAACAAGGAAGCCUUCAUGAACCAGGAGAUUACGAAAGCCUUUCACGUCAGGAAAGCCAAUCGGAUAAAAGAGUGUCUCAGCAAGGGGACGUUCUCAGACGUGACAUUUAAAUUGGACGAUGGAGCCAUCAGUGCCCACAAGCCACUGCUGAUCUGUAGCUGUGAGUGGAUGGCAGCUAUGUUCGGCGGGUCAUUUGUGGAAAGUGCCAACAGUGAGGUGUAUCUCCCGAACAUAAACAAGAUAUCAAUGCAAGCAGUAUUGGAUUAUCUCUAUACCAAGCAGUUGUCUCCUAACUUGGAUCUGGACCCGCUGGAAUUAAUUGCCUUGGCAAACAGAUUUUGCCUGCCACACUUGGUUGCACUUGCAGAACAGCAUGCCGUUCAGGAGUUGACCAAGGCUGCAAUGAGUGGCGUGGGCAUUGACGGAGAAGUGCUCUCUUACUUGGAAUUGGCUCAGUUUCACAAUGCCCACCAGUUGGCCGCCUGGUGUUUGCACCACAUCUGCACCAACUACAACAGUGUAUGCUCCAAGUUCCGCAAGGAAAUCAAAUCAAAAUCUGCAGACAACCAGGAAUACUUCGAGCGGCACCGCUGGCCCCCCGUGUGGUACCUGAAGGAAGAAGAUCACUACCAGCGUGUGAAAAGGGAACGAGAGAAGGAAGAUAUUGCACUAAAUAAGCAUCACUCGAGACGAAAGUGGUGCUUCUGGAAUUCAUCUCCCGCAGUGGCCUGAAGAGGAAGAGGAAAAAAAAUCGGUAAUCUGAUCCACCACUUUUCAAAGCACUACUGUAAAAUUCGUCUUAUUAGAGAUACGACAUAGUUCAGGUUUCAGACACUGACCUUCCUCCACUUUUGUGCAUUUAUCUUUGUUAGGAUCAAAGCACAAGCUCACCAUCAAUGAGCCUGGACAAAAAGGGAAGCUGACUCUCACUGCAUUCCUUAAACUGAUAUGUAUAUUUUUUUUUGUUAGGAGGCUUAAUAAACUUUAGUCUGUUAUUUUGUUUCUUUUUAUACAAAGAAAAAAAAUCCAGCUUUCAUGUUUCUGAUUCCAAAUUGGAAAAUAUUUUUAUAUGGUCUCUUGUAUUUUGUUGAAAUGAAAAUACUGUGUAUUACUUUAUUUUACAGGCCACAAUUGACUAUGAAGUCACCCUGUGAUUCUCUUUGCCCACAUGACCACCGAGCAUUAUUACGUAAUUAGAGGGUUAUCCUAUUGUUGUGAAGGGAAGGAGGGGACUGAAAUCCCCCAAAGUGCAAAUUAGAGAGUGUUUAAUCUUUUUUCUGUUGAAUAACAUCGGUGUAAUUACAAAGUCAACUCCAAGAAUGUGUAUUUACAAUAUUUGCCGUGUUAAGUGCUGGUAAUUAUAUGGUUAUAUGUGCCAUGUAAAAUAUAGUGAUAUCAAAUAUUCUGUUGUUUCCAAUGUCUAGUUGCAAGAGGAUAAUCUUUAUAAUCAUUAGAAGGGCUUAUUAAAUCCCAGCAUUAUCCAGGGCAAACUCACUGGUGGACCUGAAUACGUAAGAUACCAUUAGUGCGCUGGUGUUCCGAUUGCUGUAUUAGGGUUUACGUCUCUCAGUAUUCCUUGAACUUGCCAUGCUUCUGCAUGCAGAUUCUUCACUGACUUGAAUUGAGAUGGGCAAGGGAAAAGGUCCCUGGACUCCCUCCUGCCAUCUACAGGCUUGUCACAUCUCACCACCAGAAACAGGCUUCCUCAGGCUUCUCACCUGUGGCCAACUUCACUUUCUAAGACCCAUAUUUUUAACUCUUCCCAGGGAAGAUUCAUGUUUCUGCAGAAGUAGGCUAAGGCAGACCACCCACUUCUGCUGAAAUGCAUUGGGAGCCUGUGAAAGCACACAGCUGGAGGCUGGGCGCCUGCGUUCUCCUACACGGAAAGGAAUCUCAUUCCAAGAGUCUAGGAAAUGGUGCUAUUGUAAGUUAGUUCUGACUCUUUCUCAUUCUGAGUUUUCAGUGUUAAACUAGAAAGUGUGAGAGCAGGGGAGCUUUUGUGAGGCAGUCAGUCAUUGCUUCUCUGCAAAGUAAAAUGUUACAGCACACAUACACACACAGAGAGCAUUUCGAGGCCACAGCUCCACACCUGCCAUGGGAUGUUACGUGGCAGGGGAUGGGGCUCAUUCUGUUGGGAGGUCAAGUUACCAAUGCCAAGGGCUGUUGAUUUUGUUUUUAUUUUUAUUUUUUCUUCUAGCUUUUCAGAAGAUGGAAAUGAGACAGUUAAGUCCAAACCCCAAUGUUGACAGCCAUAUGCAUUUGCAAAUCUAUCUAGAUUACAGAUGGGCAUUUAUUACUGGCAGUGGAAACAUACCAGAUAGAAGAUCUUGGGAGAGGCCCAGAAAUGCAGCACCUUGUCAUGACAAAAGAGGAGGCAGCAGAGGAAGGAUAGUUACAAAUGCAUCCACCUUAAUUUUUUUCAAUAGGCUUGUACAUCUUAUUAAUGGAAGGAGAAAGGAGACAGGAAAGGAUAAAUGUCAAGAUGCAGAAGAAUUGACAUGUAUCCCAUCAUAAAAUGGUAGAAGUUGAGUUUUCAAUGAGUAGUCAUAGUUGAAUUUUUACAACCAAAGCUCCCAUUUGAUUGUAAUCUUGCCAAAAUGUAAUGGACAUAUAAAUGAACUUGGGGUAUAAGCAAUAAUAUCCACUAGUGUUGUUAUCAGCUGCUGUAACCAAGUGGCUGGUUCAUUUGGUUGAUGCUGAUUAUGGCCUUUAACCAUGGUGGUUUCUUGUGUGUUUUUUAUUUCACAAAAAGCCAAUAAAAUUGUUUAGCUAUAAAA